GUUGUCCUCUUUGACUUCCGGAAUCGAACUUUUUGUCCGCACCGCUCGUCCAACCCGCCCCACAUUCGCUUGCCCUGUAUCUUAUCCCAAACCACCAUCUCCACACGCAGACAUGGCCACCGACGCUGUCCCGCCGGGCGUAGACCCGCUGCGCGACGCCAAAGCCGGCAAUGUCCCCGUCCACACAUUCGACGCAGACGCGUCCCCGGCCGAGAAGGGCUCAGACGCAGGCAAGGCAAGGGACAAGCUGAAGAGCGUCAAGGACGAGAACAAGGACGAGGGCGUCAAAGAAGUGUCCAUCGACACUGGCGCCGGUGCCUCCAAGAUCGUGCCGACUAUCAAGAUUGAGGACCAUGAUUCCGACAAGGAGGCGACAGUCGUCGACCCAGAAGAGGCAGACACACCCAAGCCGCCAGGCGACAUGCCAAGCGGGCCUGCGCCAGAAAUACCAGACUGGUACAUCGUCGGCUGGCGUCAGAUGUCGCACAUCGACGAGGUUGACCCCGAGGACGAGACCCAGCGCGACAAGUCCGCUCUUGCAGAGCUCGUCUCUGAGCAGUACUACGGCGAAUGGUUCCACAACGCUGCUAUCAUCAUCUUCGCCGUCUUUGCUGCGCACUUCUUCGCGCGAUUCGGCUUUGGAUUGGGCUGGCAGCUCAUCUUGCUAUCCGUAUGCUGCACGUACUACACCACCUCCAUCCGCCGCACACGUCGCAGGGCACGCGACGACAUCCAGCGCGAGCUCACCAAGACGCGUCUUGGUUCAGAGCACGAGACUGCCGACUGGAUCAACAACUUCCUCGACCGCUUCUGGCUCAUCUACGAGCCCGUCCUCUCGCAAACGAUCGUGUCCAGCGUAGACCAAAUCCUCUCCAGCAACACGCCUGCAUUCCUUGACUCGCUGCGCCUCAGCCAGUUCACCCUGGGAAACAAGGCACCGCGUAUCGAGGCGGUUCGGACUUUCCCUCGAACAGAGGACGACAUCAUCAUGAUGGACUGGCAAUUCUCGUUCACGCCAAAUGAUGUUGAAGACCUUACGAAGCGCCAGCUGCAAGGCAAGGUGAACCCGAAGAUCGUCCUGACAAUCCGCGUCGGCAAAGGUCUCGCAACCGCUGGCAUGCCCAUCCUCGUCGAAGACAUUACCUUCGCUGGUCAUAUGCGCAUCCGUAUGAAGCUCAUGUCGAACUUUCCGCACGUCCAAAUCGUCGACCUAUGCUUCUUGGAGAAGCCGACUAUCGACUACGUCCUCAAGCCCAUCGGAGGCGAGACCUUUGGCAUGGACAUCGCUAACAUUCCCGGUCUUUCGUCGUUCAUUCGCGAUAUGACUCACGCGACCUUGGGCCCUAUGAUGUACGACCCGAACGUCUUCACGCUGAACUUGGAGCAGUUGCUAUCCGGCGCACCGCUCGACACGGCCAUCGGGGUGCUCCAGGUUACCAUUGAGAGCGCAAGGGGGAUCAAGACGAGCAAGAUUGGUGGCGGGACGCCCGACCCCUUCGUCUCCAUCUCAAUCAGCCAACGCGCUGAAUUGGCACGCACCAAAUAUAAGCGCUCUACGUACAAUCCGACAUGGAUGGAGACGAAGUUCAUUUUGGUCAACUCGUUGGCCGACCAGCUUACGCUCAGCCUCUACGACUACAAUGACCACCGGAAGCACAGUCAUAUGGGCGACGCGAGCUUCGAGCUGGCGAAGUUGCAGGAGGAUGCGACGCUUGAGGGUCUUUCCGUGCCGAUUCUUAAGGACGGCAAGGAUCGUGGCGAGAUGCGCUUCGACCUUUCGUUCUUCCCUGUCAUCAAGCCCGAAGAGGGUCAGGACGAGGAUGUCACUGACACGAAGGUUGGCAUUGUCCGUCUCACGAUCCACCAGGCCAAGUCGUUGGACAAGUCGAAGUCGCUCUCCGGCGAUAUCAACCCCAUGGCGAAGCUCUUCCUCAACGGCGACACCCGCAACGCUGUCUUUGCCACGAAGCCAUUCAAGCACACCAAUGCACCCGUAUGGGAGGCCGCACACGAAUUCCUCUGCGCCGACAAGCAUAACUCCGUCAUCGCAAUCAAGGUCAUCGACGACCGCGACUUCCUCAAGGACCCCGUCAUUGGCUACAUGUCCAUCCGCCUGCAGGACCUGCUGAAUUCCAAGAACGAGGUCGGCCGCGACUGGUUUAACCUCAGCGGCUGCAAGAGCGGCAAGAUUCGCGUGUCUGCUGAGUGGAAGCCACUCAAUAUGGCGGGCAGUCUGCACGGCGCUGACCAGUACAUGCCGCCGAUUGGCGCGGUGCGGCUGCAUAUUGACCGCGCGACGGAUGUAAAGAAUGUGGAGGCGACGUUGGGCGGGAAGAGUGAUCCGUAUGUGAGGGUGCAGGUGAACAAUGUGACGAAGGGCCGGACGGAGGUGAUCAACAACAACCUCAACCCGGUCUGGGACCAGAUCAUCUACAUUCCUGUGCACUCGCUAAGGGAGGCGCUCAUGCUCGAGUGCAUGGAUUACCAACACCUUACGAAAGACCGCUCUCUCGGACACGUCGAGCUCCGCGUAGCAGAUCUUGCAAAGGAGUCGGACAACGAGGAGUACCCCUACGAGUCCACGGGCGACCGCGACGUUGCCGAUCCCAUUAAGCUCGACAAGGGCAACAACUACAAGGGCCAGCUGCACUAUCGUGCAUCCUUCAUCCCCGCGCUCAAGCUCAAGGGCAUCAAGUUCGAGUCGCGCUCGGGCGUCUCGACCGGCGGAGGCGCCGGCUCUGACGAGGAUGGCGGCACCGUGUCCGACGGCGGCUCAUCAAUCUCGUCCUCGGACAUCGAGCACCAGGCCAUUCCGGACGGUAUCACAAUUAACGUUGGCAAGCAGGCCGGUCGGCAUAAGAAGAAUGCCAAGUCGACGGAUACGACGAGGACGGCCGCCUCGGUCGCGACUCAGAGUACUUCGCGGACGAACGAUGUACCUCCGUCGCCGACUUCGCCCACCUCCCCGACCGCGCCGUCGUCGCCACCGCCGCAACAGGAAGAGUCGGGCGUCGAGCUACCGGUCGACGAGUUGCUGAAGCGCCAGUCCGGUAUCAUCGUCUUCAACGUCAUCGGCGGUCGCUUGCAGAAGAAGGCACGCUUGGAGGUCUUGCUCGACGACGGCUACUGGCCCGCCUUCAGCACACAACGUGCUACGAGUACGCACGCGCAGUGGGAGUACGUCGGCGAGGGCUUCGUCAAGGAGCUUGACUUCGGCCAGGUCUGGCUGCGUCUCAACGAGGCAGACGAGGGCGACAAGGACGACAUCAUCGCCCAGUGGAAGGGUGACGCGAAGGCAUUCUUGCAGACCACGCUUGAGGGCCCGCAGGACUUCACGCUGAAGGACCAGGACGACGAGAAGAUGUCAAUCGUGACGAUCGAGAGCCGAUAUGUACCGGUGCCGGUGAAGCUGGAGCCGCGCGAGAGCAUCAAUAACCAAGGUGUCCUGCGCGUUGACUUGAUUGCUGGCCACAAGAUUCGUGCUGCCGACCGUGGUGGCAAGUCGGACCCUUACGCCGUGUUCACGCUCAACGGCCAGAAGGUGUUCAAGUCUGCGACCAAGAAGAAGACGCUCAACCCGGAGUGGAACGAGAACUUCAUGGUGCAGAUCCCAUCCCGCGUCGCUGCAGAUUUCUCCGUCGAGGUCUUUGACUGGAACCAGAUCGAGCAGGCGAAGAGCUUGGGCGAGGCGAAGAUCAACGUGAGCGACCUCGAGCCCUUCGAGGCUGCUGAGCGCACUCUGCCUUUGGUCCACGAUAAGCACGGCGAGGAGGGCACCAUCCAAGUCCGCUUGAUGUUCCAGCCCGAAAUCAUCGUCAAGAGCCGCAAGAACACCUCCACGUUCUCGUCGGCAGGUCGCGCCAUGACCCAGUUUGGCGGCUUGCCCGUGCAGGCGGGCAAGGGCGUGUUCCAUGGUGUCACCGGCGUGUUCAAGGGCAAGGGCAGCAAGGACGACGACUCGUUCGAAGGCGAGAACAUGCAGGCGGCUGCUGUUCCGCAGGAUCUGCCUGCGGGGCAAGUGUCGCAGGCGAUCAACCCUGGGUCGGUGAACGGCGGGUCGAUGAACGGGUCGACGACGUUCCCGGGUUCGGUUGAGAGUAUGCCUACGAACACGGGCAUGGGCACCUUGCGCGUGCAUGUCAUCGACGCGAAGGACCUCUCGGGGCAGGACUACAAGCCGUAUGCGGUCAUUCGCGUCGGCGACAAGGAGGUGAAGACAAAGCAUGUCGGGAAGACAGCCAACCCUGAGUGGAACGAGCACUUCACCUUCGCGGCGAAGCCGGGCCUGUCGAAGCUGCAUGUCUGGAUCCAUGACCACAAGACGUUGGGCAAGGACAAGCUCUUGGCCCAGGGCGAGAUUGACCUAUGGCGGCACUUGAAAACCGAAGGUCUCUCUGCCGCUGAGGUGCAGGUCGAGCUCCAACAGGGAGGUGGCUUGAUGCGCUUCCGCCUCGAGUUUGACUCCAAUCUCGCGCCGAACCGCUCGUCGCCCAGCAUCUCUGGCGAGGGCACCCAACGCACCGCCUCCUUCUCGUCCCCUUCCCGCUUCAGCUUCCACGCAAGGCGAAAGGGCAACAACGACGACAGCGACUAAACACCGAACUCUUCCUCUGCCUUUACUUAUCAUUAUGCUGUCCGACUGUCAGAACAAUCCUUACAUGUACUACCUUUAUCUCUCCCACUCGCAGUCGUCCAUCCUCUUUCCCUAUUCCCUUGCUUGGUCGUCUCAUCUUGUGCUUCUCUUAUCGCGACUUUAUUCACCCAUUUCUCGCGCACGAUGGAUGAAAGGGCUUCAGGCGUACCCACGUCUAUGAUAUCCUACCAAAAGCGGACACCACACAAACUGACAACCACUGACCAUGGACUGGACCGCCGUUAAUUGUUUUUUUUCCAUUGCUUCUUUGCCUUUGCACUGUCGCCGCAGCCUACAGUAUUGUACUAUAUAGCACACCUGUUUAUUAUCUGCACAUCCUGCGUUGCGAAUCGAAUCGUGCAUGCUUUGACUGA